GAAGUAAGUUUAAGAGGGGGUAGUCACUAACAGAGAGGGAGAGAAGCUAUUAAACAGAGAAGAGGGAUUUUGUGUUGAGGGUGAGAGGAGAAUAACGUAAAAGUGGGGGGUUGGCUUGCGUGAAAGCUCCACUAUCCCCGUUAGUUCCUCGCGAAAGCUCGACCUGGCCGGGUCGGCCCACUGUUUUUUUCUUUCACUUGUAGUGCGGUUUUGUCACCCGAUAAAAAAAAAAACUGCUUAUGGUUUUUGUACUCCAUUCAUUGAUAAUUUAGCUGGUCCUCUUUUUAAAAUAUAGAGAAUUUUUGUGUGCUCGACAUUAGUUCACAGUGUCUCUGUGUGUGUGUAUGUGUGUGCGUGAAUGUGUAUGCAAAGUGAUUGGUUGGUGUAUUCAAGAGCUGGAGGGUGAUAAAAAAGCAGUAGUCACGGUGCUCGCGGCCUACUAACCUGACCUUGGGUCGGCCAGACCAGGAUUAUUGAGAAUGUGAGCGGCUAAUACAGUGCAGAUGCCCAGCAAGGCUUGGCCUCGUCGAGAGUGGUCUCCUCAAUCUCCUAUAGAUGUCUUGUGGAUGCCCCGCUCCGCCAUGAGGCCAGCCGAGGGCGACACAUCGGACUGCAUCCUCGUGGUUGGGAUAUCGCGACCAAAAAUGGCCGCUGCUUUCCUGUCUGUCGCUCUGAUUUCUCUUUUCCUGACUUUUCACGUUCUCUUUGAUAGUGCAGUCUAUAGUCUUCAUGCCGCUUCCGGUGUUGAGGGUAGAACGAUAGAAUUGGUAACCCGUGCCCGAGCUACACCACCACUUCUUUUUUCCAAUAAAGUACAUUUUCCUCGCACCAAUAGACAUCUUCCUCAAGCAAUUAUCAUUGGUGUAAGAAAGUGUGGUACACGUGCACUUCUCGAGAUGCUAUUUCUUCAUCCACAAAUUCAAAAGGCAGCUGGCGAAGUACAUUUUUUCGAUCGUGACGAUAAUUACAGUAAAGGUCUCGAAUGGUAUCGACGAAAAAUGCCAUAUUCAUUUAAGGGUCAAGUCACUAUUGAAAAAAGUCCCAGUUACUUCGUCACACCGGAAGUGCCUGAAAGAAUUCGUGCGAUGAACUCGAGUGUAAAGUUACUUUUGAUUGUGCGCGAGCCAGUAACACGAGCAAUAUCAGACUACACACAGCUGCGAACACACGCUGCCACAGCAUCAACAACAACAACAAAUGGAACACCAGUUCCCUAUUAUCAAAUAAGUCGCACAUUCGAGGAACUUGUUAUGAGGGCUGACGGUUCUAUCAAUGAAUUCUACAGGCCAAUCGCCAUUUCCCUUUAUCACAACUACAUGCAUCGAUGGCUGGAGGUAUUCUCCCGUGAUCAAAUGCUGGUAGUGAAUGGUGAUCGGCUUAUAGAAGAUCCCGUUCCUCAAUUGCGCAGAAUCGAAAGCUUCCUAGGUUUAGAGCCAAAAAUUGGUAGACAUAACUUUUACUUUAACCACACCAAGGGCUUCUAUUGUCUGCGCAAUGACACUGCUGAAAAAUGUUUGCGGGAAAGUAAAGGUCGUCGACAUCCACGAGUAAGUCCUGUGGUAGUUACGAAACUUCGCAAGUUUUUCAAUGAACACAACCAACGCUUUUACGAGCUGGUGGGCGAGGACCUUGGCUGGCCUGAGGAAUAGAUUCUCUCACUUUAGUUUCUAGUUUUUUUUUUUUUUUUAUAUUUAUAUAGUUAAAUGGUUGUGCUUGUGGUUAUGCCGAUUCUGCAUUAAGAGUCUUUUCAUCAAGUUUUCUUUUUUUCUCUCAAAGAGAAAUAUAAGAAAGGAAAAAACUUACUCCGCAGAGAAUGAGAAUUUUAUGAGGUUCUUAUAUCAUCUACUUGGUCAAGUCUUUUAGAUUAAAGAUCUAUGAGGUGCAACUUAUAUAUAUAUAUUUUUUUAUGAGUUCUUGGGGAUCAAUUUUCCAUUUUAUAUGCGCGUAUCAUAUUCGCAAUAUAUAUAGCAAAUUGUCUUUUUACAAUUCUCUUUGGAUAAAAAAAAAAGAAGAUAUUGUGAAAUCUAAUCGAAUAGGUUUGAAUAUUCAUUUAAAAAUUAAUUGAUUUGUAAUGAUUUUCAGUAGUCUACAAUUUAAAUUGUAAAUUCCUCAAUUAAAAUAUGUAAAAUUAUGAGAUGAAAAUCACAUCGGACAGAAGGUGUGAAAAAAAAAUUGAGAAAGAUUCACCUCCAUAUAUAUAGACAAAAUUAAGCAGAUUUGAAAAAUCUGAUUGGUUACGUGUUUGUGAAAAUUUUAUCAAUCAAAAACAAGCGUCAAAUUUUAUAACUAUUGAGAAUUAAAGAGAUAGAUAGUUUGUCCUUCUCGCACUCAUAGUCACAAAAUUUGAUGCUUUAGGGCUCUGUCACAUGAAGCAGAUUAGAUUUUAACCAAUCAAAAUAGAAUCUCUUUCGGUAAAUAUUACCUUGCCGCAAGAGACUAAAUUUUGAUUGGUUAAAAUCUAUUCUACUCUAUGUGAUAAGGCCCUUACGGUCUGUUGGAAGAAAAUAAUUUAGCGAGCAAAACAAUUUGAUUGGUUGUUUACAAUCGAAGAAUCGAAACUUUAAAAGAACCAAUCAAAUUGUUUAAAAUUUUUUUUUCUCCUUAUCGCUCUUUAAAUUAAAGUGUAUAUGAAACCUCACAAUAUUCAUAAUGUGAUUUAAUUUCAAAAAUCACCGAUAUAUGUAAAUACGUUAAAUUUUCAGUUGAUUGAAGAUGUUAAAUGCAAAGUGAUAACCAAUAUUUUCUUUUGUGAAAGUGAAACUUGGGGAGUCUUUUAUUGAAAAUUCCUUGAGUUUGCAGUUUUCCUCCCUCUCUCUCUAUAUAUAUAUAGUCUUAUCGAUACAAUCAAAAAGCAAUCAAGAGUGCAAUAACCUAUACAUAUAUAGAACGUGUUUAAGGACCCUUGUGCAGAAUCGGCUCAAGAUUGUGAGAGACUGCGCGAAUGAAUGUUUUUUGAGACGAGAGAAAAAAGAGACAAAAAAAUAAAGAGGAAAAGAGAAAUGAUGCCUUUAGAAGGGCGUUUCUGUCUAUCCAGCGUCAUUUGGAUCACAUUGAUCCUUGACUAUAAUAAUUAUCGUACGUACUACAAGUUGAUAGCUAAAAUGCAAAGAUUUAAUAUUUUUCUAAUCCACAUUGGAAGUUGUUAUACUUAUCGUUAAGGUAUUAUAUAAAUAUAUAUAUAUAUAUAAAUAUAUAAUUAAAAAAAAAAAAAAAUACAUAUCAGUCGUGACGAAAGAUUCGACUAAAAGCAGGCGUUAAUAAAUGUUAUUUAUUUAUUUAAGGCUAGGAAAGAAGAUUUAUUCACUUUCUUUAAAAAUUUCCAAAUUUAAUUAUUAAAGAUUUUGAUCUUCUUUUUUACGAUGAAUUGUAAAUAUUCGCGUUGCUUCUAAAAGAGUGAGGCUAACG